GGAUACUAUAAACUAUAAAGUUGCUCUAGCUUAGAAGCCUGGCAAGUUAUUGCAUAUAGUGCUGAGAAUGAGAUUCCUUGUGGUGUGUAUGAGCUGCCUGUGUGUAUGGCUGGGGAAGCUCAGUGUACUGGUGUCAGCAGACUAUGUGGUACAAGUGGAGAUGCUCUCCUACAUUCAUCCAUCCAACACACGCUCUGAUGGUCAAUGUUGUGAUCCAGACAAUGGUUUACCAUGUAGCAGAUCAAGCGAGCGCUGUGAAACCUUCUUUAUCUACUGCCUGAUGCCACGUGCCAGUACUGCUGUAGUGUGUCCCAAUACUGCUCCCGGAUUUCUUGCAAUCAGUCCCAGGACUGCUCAAAAUGGGGCAACCGUUGAUUUCUCACAACCUACUGUACUAGGACUUCCUAAUCCAUUAAAUCUGACUGGACUAACAACAUCCUGGGAGGGAGCUCAUCAGCUUUACAUUCAAGUGGGUGAUUUUGAUGACUAUCUUCCACCAUCAGUAAUUUUUGAUAGUAUUGCAAGGUAUCGAUUUGAUCUGAGUCUCUCAGUGGGAAUGACAACCACAGGGUCAUCAAGUACUGGGCCUUCCAUCUCUGUUAGUAUUACUGUGUUAUGUGCUCCAUUCUACUCUGGAAACAGUUGUGAUAUAUUGAAUCAUUGUGAGUCCAAUGCUGUCACAUGCAGUGACAGAGGAACGUGUGUGAAUGGAUUUAAUAGUUCCACUUGCAACUGUGACCCUCCCUACGCUGGUGCAAACUGUGAGAGUCAGAACUUUUGCUUCAACAGAAAUUGCAAUGACAGAGGAACGUGUAAUAAUGACGUUGAUUCCUACUCUUGUGUCUGUGAGGCUGGCUACACUGGUGCUGAUUGUGAGGUGGAUAUUGAUGAGUGCUUGCUAAUGGAGAGGGUGUGCAGUGACCAUGGUAACUGCUCUCAAGGAAUAGCCACCUUCACCUGCUCAUGUGAUCCUGGCUACACUGGACAGAGAUGUGAGACUGACAUUGAUGAUUGUGUGAUCCUAAACUGCAGUGGACAAGGAAACUGUACUGACAGAGUUAACGGCUUUGAUUGUGAUUGUUUCCCUGGUUACACUGAUACCAUUUGCCAGACUGACAUUGAUGAAUGUGAUGGAAUAAACUGCAGUGGAAAUGGUGGUUGUGUUGACAUGGUGAACAUGUUCCUGUGUGACUGUGAACCUGGCUACACUGGUGCUGAUUGUGAGACUAACAUUGAUGAUUGUGAGAAUAGGAACUGCAGUGGAAAUGGUGUGUGUGUGGAUGGUGUCAACUCCUUCAGUUGUGAGUGUGUGUCUGGCUUCACUGGAGAGAUGUGCACACAAGAGGCUAGAUCAGAUGGUGCAACAGCUGCUAUAGCUGGUGGUGUGGUGGGGGGACUAGUGGGCGUUGUACUGGUUGCUGUCAUAGCUGUUCUCAUAGUGAUUAUCCUCAAAAAUAAGAAGUCAUCACAAUACGUUAGUGGAGGAGGAACAGACAUACCAUGUCAGAACAACGUGGUGUAUGGUGUGUGUGAGAUGAACACAGCUCAACCUCAAACCAACACCCUCCCUACUGCCACACCCACCUCCAACGACAUACCAUGUCAGAACAACGUGGUGUACGGUGUGUGUGAGAUGGCUCAACCCAACACCCUCACUACUGCCCCAUCCCCCUCCUCUGAGUCUCUACAAGAGUAUGACUACCCACUGUGUAAUGUGUCGGAGCCCCUCCCCCCGAGUGUGGAUGAGAGUGUGGAUGAGAAACUCAUGAUUAGUGUGAAUGUUAGCUAUGCCACCAUUGGUGAGCGUGAGGAUGGACUGAGACACACUAGUGGUAUCUAUGAUGAUGUCAGCAUGAGGCAACUCAGUGUGCUGGUGUUUGCAGACUAUGUGGUACAAGUGGAGAUGCUCUCCUAUAGUCAUCCAUCCAACACACGCUCUGUUGAUCGAUGUUGUGAUUCUGAACCAGGCAAUGGACCAUGUAGUGGAGGGGAGCGUUGUGACACCUUUUUUAUCUACUGCCUGAUGCCACGUGCCAGUACUGCUGUAGUGUGUCCCAAUACUGCUCCCGGAUUUUUUGCAAUCAGUCCCAGGACUGCUCAAAAUGGGGCAACCAUUGAUUUCUCAGAACCUACUGUACUAGGACUCCCUAAUCCAUUCAAUCUGACUGGACUAACAACAUCCUGGGAGGGAGCUCAUCAGCUUUACAUACAAGUGAAUGAUUUUGAUGGCUAUCCACCAUUAACUUUUGAUAACAUAGCAAUGUAUCGACUUGAUCCGAGUCUCUCAGUGGGAUUGCCAACCACACUACCUACCUCACCAAGUGCCAGUCCUUCCAUCUCUGUUAGUCUUACUGUGUUAUGUGCUCCAUUCUACUCUGGAAGCAGUUGUGAGAUAUUCAAUCAUUGUGAGUCCAAUGCUGUCACAUGCAGUGACAGAGGAACGUGUGUGAAUGGAUUUACUAGUUCCACUUGCGACUGUGACCCUCGCUACGCUGGUGCAAACUGUGAGAGUCAAAACUUUUGCUUCAACAGAAAUUGCAAUGACAGAGGAACAUGUAAUAAUGGCGUUGAUUCCUACACCUGUGUCUGUGAGGCUGGCUACACUGGUGCUGAUUGUGAGGGUGAUAUUGAUGAGUGCUUGCUAAUGGAGAGUGUGUGCAGUGGCCAUGGUAACUGCUCUCAUGGAAUAGCCACCUUCACCUGCUCAUGUGAUCCUGGCUACACUGGACAGAGAUGUGAGACUGACAUUGAUGAUUGUGUGAUCCUAAACUGCAGUGGACAAGGAAACUGUACUGACAGAGUUAACGGCUUUGAUUGUGAUUGUUUCCCUGGUUACACUGACACCAUUUGCCAGACUGACAUUGAUGAAUGUGAUGGUAUAAACUGCAGUGGAAAUGGUGGUUGUGUUGACAUGGUGAACAUGUUCCUGUGUGACUGUGAACCUGGCUACACUGGUGCUGAUUGUGAGACUGACAUUGAUGAUUGUGAGAAUAGGAACUGCAGUGGAAAUGGUGUGUGUGUGGAUGGUGUCAACUCCUUCAGUUGUGAGUGUGUGUCUGGCUUCACUGGAGAGAUGUGCAGCAUCACUGCAGCUCCUGCAGCGUUGGGUAGUGCUCUAAUAGGAGGAGUGGUGGGGGGUCUCCUAGUGAUGCUGAUACUCGUGCUCCUGUUAGUGGUGGUGGUGGUGUGUGUGUGGAGGAGAGCUCAUGAUCAGGGGAAGACCAGUCAAGACACUCACUCGCAAGGAGACACCAUUUCCUAUAUCCCUGGAGACAACCCAGUGUAUGGGAUUACUGAGAACAGGACUAAUAGAACAAAUAGCAUCACUUCAGAAACUGCAGAGUUUGACAACCCCAUAUAUGGCAGCCAGGGAUCACUCAAUGAUGCAGAACUGAUCAAUCCAAUUUAUGGAGAUGCAGAUUUUGAGGACGUACUUUAUACUGCAGUAUCAGACUAUGUGACUCCAGUAGCACCUGUGUAUGACUAUGUGCAGAAUAGUGUUCAGAACAAACUCAGUGUUGUACAUCUGCAGCUGUGUGUGCAUGGAGACUAUGAUAUCAUUGUGAGGAUCUACAACUACACCAACCCUACCAACACUGGUCAAAGACGUGGUCCCAGCAACUGCUGUGAUGGUAGUCGCCAAGCUGGUGUGUGCAGUACUACUAAUCGAAGAUGUGACAACAUAUUCACAUUCUGUGUGAAGACACUGGAUGACUCAGCUGAUGGAACCAGCUCUUGCAUGAGUGAUCUGAUGACCUCACAGAUCAACAGGGAUGAUGCUCCCAUUGACUUCACUGGGUCCACCUGGCUGGGAUUAGACAACCCCCUCAGGCUGACUGGCAUCACCACAGCAUGGCAGGGUGCUCAGGUCUACAUAGAAGUCCAUGAUAACGAUGGUACUUUUCCCAUUCAACUGGUUGAUCGCUGGAGAGAGCAUCCCAACAUUACUGCUGGUGCUGCCCUUAGCCCACCAUUCAACUACCCUGGAAUACAUGGCUAUGGUAACCUCAACAUGAGCUUCAGAGUGGAGUGUGGCCAGUAUUACUAUGGAGUGUUGUGUGAGACUCUCGAUGAAUGUCUGUCAGAGCCUAUAGACUGUAACCAAGGCAGCUGUGUGGACGGUGAGGGAUCAGGAACCUGUGCUUGUAACCAUGGAUACACUGGACAGUUUUGUGAGACAGAGAUUGACGAGUGUGCUGAUGUAGACUGCAGUGGGAGUGGUGUGUGUGUGGAUGGUCCCGGUAGCUUCCUCUGUAACUGUACUCCAGGCUAUACUGGAGAGCUUUGUGAGACAGAGAUCAAUGAAUGUGAAGGUUUGAACAUUAACUGCAACGAGAAUGAACAGUGUAUGGAUGAGUUGAACUCUUACUCCUGUGUCUGUGAACCUGGCUACACUGGUGCUGAUUGUGAGACUGACAUUGAUGAUUGUGAGAAUAGGAACUGCAGUGGAAAUGGUGUGUGUGUGGAUGGUGUCAACUCCUUCAGUUGUGAGUGUGUGUCUGGCUUCACUGGAGGGAUGUGCACACAAGAGGCUAGAUCAGAUGGUGCAACAGCUGCUAUAGCUGGUGGUGUGGUGGGGGGACUAGUGGGCAUUGUACUGACUGCAGUGCUAGUGGUGGUCAUUGUCAUAUUCAUUAUCCUCAAGAACAAGCAAGAUUCAUCUAAAUACAACUUUGGUGGAGGAGGAACAGUUGAUAAUGACAAUAAUAUGGACAACCCAGUGUACGGUGUGUGUGAGACCAAGCCUCAACCCAACACCCUCCCUACUGGCCCACCCUCCUCCUCGCUACAAGAGCAUGAGUUUGACAACCCUCUGUACGAUAUGUCAGAGCCCCUCCCCCCGGUGUAUGAGAGUGUGGAUGAGAGACUCACGAGUAGUAGCUAUGCAACCAUUGCUGAGCGUGAGGAUGGACUGGGACACACUAGUGAUAUCUAUGAUGAUGUCAACAUGAGGCAAUGACUUUAACUGUACACAUUUCUUUUUAUUUGGUAAGUUUUAUUUUGUAUUCACUUAAUUACUGCUUCUAUGAGGUAAUCAAUGGCCUCUGGAUAUUAAUUGUUAGGUACAUAUUUACUGUACGCCCAAUUAA